CAGAGCUUCACCGUCUCUGGGAUUUGAUCCCAGCCGAAGUCACACCUGAAGUCUCUAAGUUGCGAAAUUUGACUCGUCAGUUGCGAAGCGGGUAAUACUGGAGUGACGCCUCGGUUGCACCACUUGCUGCCGGUGGUCAGAAACCUACAUCGAAGGAGCGGCCGCAAUAACCAUGAAUUAUUGAAAACGCAUGUUUAACAGGGUGAUUUGAAAUAACUGACGCAGCGACUGGUCGCAUUAACGAUGACAAUCUCUCGCGCAACCCCACGAAUGCCAGUGAGCAAUACCCAAGGGGUUGUUCUGGGGUCAGCCGGUCACAUGGAGCAUAGCCGCAACGGCUGGACAGCAUUUCCUGGUGUGAUGCCAACAUAUCCGGAUUCAGGGUACGAUAGGCACUGUUGCGGGAUAGGCCCAGAGGUCCUCGGAUCUUUGAUGAAAGAGCAAAUUCCCAGCUACCAGGCCGAUUGUGCGCAGCCUGGAUACCCUGCCCCUGUCAACAAGGGUGUAACCAGUGACCUUUGCAAGGACGAACCAACGGACGAUCGAGUGCCACAGCGGAGGUGGUCCCCUAGUACCCUUGCAUGCUUCUUGACUGCCCCAGCAAUAUGGGCGAGCGUGAAUGAAUCCGGUCGCCCUAGAGCUGUUCCAAACAUUAGCUCAAGUGGGAUAGUACACUAUUGCAGCGGGAUUCAGCCUCUCUGCAACCGUUUCUCAAGGGUCUCUCUCGCCCGACGACGAGCCUGUCAGCCAGCUCUCCUCUUCAUUCUCUUUCUCAAUGUCGGUGCGAUUUAACACGGGAUCCUUCAAUGUUUUGUAACAUCGUUCAUUGCUGGCAAGGAUCCUGAGCAUUGUCCAGCAUAAGACUUUGACGACACACCGAAGCUGGCGCA